AACUCUAUUAUCCUCCAUUGUCUUUCUCUUUUCUUUGUAAUGGAGACCUCUUUUUCUUCUCAUCCCUGGCUUCUAAUUUUCAUUACUCUAUCAACAGUCCACGCUCAGCUUCCAGGCUCGUGGGAACUACUCGUCUCAAACGCCGGUGUAGCUUCCAUGCAUACGGCGGUGACACGUUUCAACACGGUUGUUCUUUUAGACAGAACCAACAUCGGUCCGUCGAGAAAAAUGCUACCGAAAGGACACUGUCGUUACGACCGACACGACGACGUUUUAAAAAAGGAUUGUUACGCUCACUCCGUCGUCUUCGAUUUACAAACAAAUGAAAUCCGACCGUUGAUGAUCCUCACCGACACGUGGUGCUCAUCGGGACAGUUCUUACCCGACGGGACGCUUUUACAAACCGGAGGAGAUUUAGACGGGUUUAAAAAGAUACGAAAAUUCGAACCGUGUGAACCGGACCGGUUUUGUGAUUGGGUUGAGCUUAAAGACGUGGAGCUGAUAAACGGAAGGUGGUAUGCAACGAACCAAAUAUUACCGGACGGAACGGUGAUUAUCGUCGGCGGCAGAGGAACAAACACCGUCGAAUAUUACCCACCGACAAAAACCCAAAACGGCGCCGUCGAACUGAAGUUCUUAGCUGAAGUAGAAGAUAAUCAAAUGGAUAAUUUAUACCCUUACGUUCAUCUUCUUCCCAAUAGUCACCUUUUCAUUUUCGCUAAUAACAAAGCUGUAAUGUAUGAUCAUGAAGACAAUAAAGUAAUUCAUGAAUACCCAGAAUUAUUAGGUGGUCCCCGGAAUUACCCAUCGGCAGGAUCAUCGGUAAUGUUAGCACUCGACGGCGAUUUCAAAACAGCGGUGAUUCUUAUCUGCGGCGGAGCUGAAUAUGGAGCUUUUAUAGAAAGGAGUACGGACACACCGGCUCACGGUAGUUGUGGUCGUAUUAUUGCGACGGAUCAGAACCCGGUUUGGGAAAUGGAAGAUAUGCCAUUCGGGCGGGUUAUGGGAGAUAUGGUAAUGCUUCCUACCGGUGAUGUAUUGAUCAUUAAUGGAGCUCAAUCGGGUACCCAAGGUUUCGAAAUGGGUUCAAACCCAUGUUUGAAUCCGGUUCUUUACCGACCCGAUCAACCUAUCGGUUUACGGUUUAUGACUUUAAACCCAGGUACGGUUCCUCGAAUGUAUCAUUCAACUGCUAAUUUGUUACCCGAUGGUCGGGUUUUAUUAGCGGGUAGUAACCCGCAUUAUUUGUAUAAUUUCGCCGCCGAAUUCCCGACGGAGUUAAGGCUUGAAGCAUUUUCGCCGGAGUAUUUAUCUUUGGAUCGGGCUAAUAUCCGACCCAUAAUUGAAGGGAUACCCGAAACCGUACGUUACGGUGAGGCGUUUGACGUUUUCGUGACGGUGCCGCUGCCGGUUGUCGGCGUUGUCGAGGUUAAUUUCGGGAAUGCGCCAUUCGCUACACAUUCGUUUUCGCAGGGUCAACGGUUGGUCAAACUUACCGUUACACCAUCGGUUCCGGUAGACGGUCGGUAUAGGAUUAAGUGUACGGCGCCGCCUAAUGGAGCGGUUGCUCCGCCGGGUUAUUAUAUGGCUUUUGCAGUUAACCAGGGCGUGCCAAGUGUCGCACGUUGGGUUCAUUUGGUUCCUUAAUUGUUUAAUUUUUUAAAAACAUUUUUUUUGCUUUACUGGUUAAAAAAAAAAUUCAUGACCAAUAUUGCAAAAAAUCUUGCAAUUUUAUCAACUUUUUCUCUAUAUUGAAAUUUUCAAUUAAUUUAAAUUCAACAAAAAUUCAAUUAAA